GCGGGUCGCGGGGGCGGAAACGGUAAAAAUCGGCAGAAUUGAAGGUUUAUAUAUUUGUGUGGAUAAAGUAAACAAGAAAUCACGUUAAGAAGCGGUUGGACCAUUCGGCACGGUGUGCAAUGACCAGACAACGUGAUGAUAUGGUGAUGACUGAAGACAUCAUGGUGAACACAGACCACAAAAGAAGUGGUAGCAAUCUAAGUAAACGGGACUCCAUCGAGGAUUCAUGGUCGUCCAAAGGAUAUAGUUAUAUUAAUCCAUUUGUGCAUCGCAUUGAGAUUGACAGUCAGAUUGAAUUGGCCAAGGUUUAUGUGCUUACCGUUUUGUUGCUACCCAUUCGUGUGGUGGGCUGCGUUUUAUCAUUACUCUCGGCCUGGAUGUUUGCCUGCAUCGGUCUAUAUGGGUUAACUUUGGAUGAUCUCAAGCAGAAACCGUUAACAGGAUGGCGAAAACAAGUUCAAUAUUUGGCUGCGCGUGCUAUGCGCAUGGUAUAUACCGCAGGAUCAUUUCAUUAUAUUAACAUGAAGGGCACUCCGGCUACAUCAAGGGAAGCGCCUAUUCUGGUAGUGGCACCGCAUUCCUCUUAUGUGGAUUCCAUUCUUGUUGUGGCCAGUCAUCCGCCAUCGAUAGUGGCCAAGCGAGAAACAUCGGACAUUCCUCUAUUGGGACGUAUCAUUAACUAUGCCCAACCCAUUUAUGUGCAGCGUGAAGAUCCCAAUUCCAGACAGAAUACGAUACGCGAUAUUGUGGAACGAGCACGUUCCACUGACGAUUGGCCCCAAGUUGUUAUAUUUGCCGAGGGUACAUGUACGAACCGCACGGCUCUUAUUAAAUUCAAACCGGGAGCAUUUUAUCCCGGAGUCCCAGUGCAACCGGUAUUGCUUAGAUAUCCAAAUAAAUUUGACACCUUCACCUGGACCUGGGAUGGACCAGGAGUAUUACGCCUGCUCUGGCUGACUAUGACGCAAUUCUAUAAUCGGUGUGAAAUCGAAUAUUUGCCAGUAUACAAACCAUCUGCUGCUGAGAAGGCCGACGCCAAUCUGUAUGCCCAGAAUGUGCGAGAAGUGAUGGCCAACGCCCUGGGUGUUCCCACUUCCGAUUAUUCGUUUGAAGAUGUCAUUGUAAUGAGUCGUGCGCGGGAUAUGAAAAUACCAUUUCCUGGCGAUAUUGUCGAAAUUGAACGUACACUCGACCAGUUGGGUAUACUAGAGAGCAAGCGGGAUGGUCAACUAUGUGAAAAGUAUUUGAAUCUUAGUAAUACAGAUAAAUUGGAUAUUAUAACGUUUGCCGAAUUGCUGCAAGUUGAUUUGAAAGAUCAAAAUUUACACAAAUUAUUCGCUCUACUUGAUCACCGCGGCAAAGGCACAGUAAGCCUAAAAAGUUUUCUACUCUGUUCGCUAUUUUGCAAAUUGAAAAACUCAGACAUUAUAACAUUUUUACGAGCUUUGGUUAAUAUCUAUAGUGAGUCUAGUCAACGCAUUGACAGGGACAGCUUUACGCGUCUAUUGCGGCAUGCUGGCGGCAAGCUGAACGAACAAAGUGCCCAAUUAUUGUUCUAUAAACUAGAUACAGCCAACUUGGGUCAUGUUUCCUUUGAAAACUUUGCCGAUUAUACAGAAAAGCUGCCAAAUUACAAAUUUCUGUACCACAAAUCGGAGCACAUAAGGAGGUCGAAAGUAUUAUCCACUACAGCAACAACCACGCCCCCUCCCACGUCAACGGCCGCAGCCACGGCCAAAUCAAUGCCCACGUCGAUGCCAAGGCCUCUAAUUAAUUAAAUGAUUGGCUAACGUAAGGCUAAGAAGCUCUUUUUUGGUUAUUUUCUUAAUUCGAUAUAUGUAUACAUAUUUUUUUAGUUUAUCUUCUAUUUUUUUUUUACUAUAUUUCAAAAGCAAUAAGCAGAAAAGUUCAAUUGUAAACUAUAUAGAUUUAAUAAUAAUUUAUUUAUUCGUGUACGUGUCCAGGAGCCGAUUGUAAUUGUAAAUGAUGAAUGAACAUCAGAAGAAUAUUAAUGCUUGCUAUGAUUUUUUAUAUAUAUUAAUUUAUAACUUAAAGCUCUUUUUUUUUUUAACUCAAGUCAUUUCAUCUUUGUGAUUCUUAUUAUAUGUACCAUACACAUAUAUAGUUAUAUUUAUACACAUAUAUAUUAAUUUAUAUACAAAUCAGAAGAAAAGAAAACAAAAACGGAACUUAACCAUAUACAUAUUGUAAUAUUCGUAGGAUGGUUCCAACUCAAGCCAAAAUUUCUCCUUCUUACAAUAACAAAAACACAUAGCAAAAAAUGUA